UAUAUUAGGGGAAUACGGUAUGGCUAAUGUAAGUGUUGGUGGAACUAAUUUAAACAUAGCUGGCUUGUUAGUGAGUGUAGUUUGUGGGGUUGCUUGUGGGUGGUUUUUACGAGGGUUUAAAGACACAUCAAAAAAUGAGGAAGAAGAGGAAGACCCUGAUGCAGCAUCAUCGGAUGAGGAAGAGUGGGAGAGUGAUGAUAAUGGAGAUGAAGAUGCAGGAGGAUCAUAUAAGAUGGUUAUCGUCGUGAGGCAGGAUUUAAAGAUGGGAAAAGGGAAAAUUGCAGCGCAGUGCUCCCAUGCUGCUGUUGGGGCAUAUAAGCAGCUUAACAAGCAUAAAAAGUCGACUUUAAAAAGCUGGGAAUAUUGCGGACAACCUAAAGUUGUUCUAAAGUGUCAAGAUGAAACUGAACUGUUGGCAUUGCAUCAGCAUGCUGCAUCUAUUGGGUUAACUGCAACUGUGAUACAAGAUGCAGGUCGAACUCAAAUUGCUCCGGGUUCUCGAACUGUAUUGGGUGUAGGUCCAGGAAUAGAGAGUCUUGUUGAUAAAGUCACAGGGCACUUGAAAUUAAUGUAACUUGUGAAACAUUUAUAAAAUUCAAGGAUAUUUGGAAGUCGCACCUCUUUUUACUAGAGUCCACAUAGAUGGGUUUCUGUGGAACUAAUGGAGCGACUUAUACAUUUUACCGUACAGUACUGUUACUACUGUACAGUACUACACUUGGUAGGCCUACUGUAAACAGUGUAAACAUUAUUUUUAUUGCAUUAUCAAACACAUAUCUAUGAUUUUUGGGUGCAAUCUUUAAUUAUACUGUUAUUCAGUUAAAUCAUCAUUUUUUUUAUGAGUUGAAGUUAUUUUUACUUGCAUGUGGUAAAAAAUUAAGGGGUCGGCCAGUAUGGCUUGUUAAACAACAAUUGGUUGAGCCAGUUCCAGUGCUUUUUCAUGACAGUAUGUUAUGUUUACAAAUUAAGGCAUUUAUCCAUUUUAG